CGACUCCGCACUCCUCUAGCGACGCAUCGGAAAGAGCUUACGCCACAUCGCAUCACAUCGCAUCGCAGAAUACAUCCUUUAGUUUUAAUAUACAGGUUAUAUAUACAUACCUACAUACAUAUAAUUAGGCAGGAUGCUAAAACUGGUGUCAAAACAGCUGAGGAGUCACCCGGCUUUGAUCCCUCUAUUUGUAUUCAUCGGUGGUGGAGCAACAAUGUCGAUGCUCUAUCUCUGUCGCCUGGCCCUCAAGAACCCAGAGUGCUCGUGGGAUCGGACCAAUAACCCUGAACCGUGGAACAAGCUUGGCCCUAACGAUCAAUACAAGCUUUUCACGGUGAACAUGGACUACAGCAAGCUGAAAAAGGACAGGCCUGACUUCUAAGACUGUCCUGGGUUAAUAUACUGUAAAUGUCAAAGCGAGAAAGCCAAGAGAUGCUGAGCUGCACAUCAUUUGUGAGAAAGAAAUGGAACAUCCAUGAUGCUUCCGUACACACAGUACACAUUCAUGUAGAAACACUAUGCUUUUUUGUGCUUUAUUAUUAAUUUAAAUAAAUGUAUUUAUGAUGAUUCUUAAACAGAAAUGGUUCAAAUUAUAUUGGUUGAUAUUGUUUUUACACAGUGAUUUAAUAUUUUUCUGUAUGUAUUGGCUAGGCUCCCAUGUGUAACAUGCUAUC